AUGGCAGUUUUCAAUCUCACCCCCUCUGAUGCUUCAACAUUCAUCCUAACAGGCAUCCCUGGCCUGGAAGCUGCCCAUGUCUGGAUUUCCAUCCCUUUCUCUAUGUUCUACAUUAUCAGCCUGUUGGGAAAUUUCAUGGUUCUGUUUGUUGUAGGCAAAGAGGAGACCCUGCACAAGCCGAUGUUCCUGCUGUUCUGCAUGCUGGCGCUCACAGACAUCAGCAUGUCUACCUCAGUUGUGCCGAAGGCACUGAGUAUAUUUUGGGUCAAUUUAAAAGGAAUUACUGUGGGUGGCUGCCUCAUCCAGAUGUUCUUCCUUCAUGCAGCUUCUGUUAUGCACUCAGCCGUCCUUGUGACAAUGGCCAUCGAUCGCUAUGUUGCCAUAUGUAACCCUCUGAGAUACGCCACCAUCCUCACCAACACACGAAUAGCUAAGCUAGGGCUAGUGGGUUUGACAAGAGCUGUUCUCUUCAUGAUGCCCCUGCCACUGCUCCUGAGCAGGCUGCCAUUCUGUGCCAACCGCAUUAUCCCCCACAUGUACUGCGAAUCUAUAGCUGUGGCAAAGAUAUCGUGUGGGGACAUCACAGUCAACAAUAUGUACGGCUUGGCGAUGGCGUUUCUAGUCAUUGGGUUAGAUCUGACCCUCAUUGCCCUGUCCUACAGUCUGAUCAUGAGGGCUGUCCUAAGAAUCUCCUCUAAGGAAGCCCACCAGAAAGCUCUCAACACCUGCACAGCCCACAUCUGUGUGAUGCUGAUGUCUUAUACUCCCUUCCUGUUCUCCAAUGUGACCCAUCGAUUUGGUCAGGCCAUUGCUCCCCACAUUCACAUCAUCUUGGGCAACUUCUAUAUCCUCAUCCCCCCCAUGCUCAACCCUAUCAUUUAUGGGGUGAAAACCAAAGAGCUUCGUGAAAAAGUAGGCAAAUACAUCUGCAGAAUGUAA